AUGGAUUUUAUUUUGACUGAAGCCGAAGAACGGAAUCAGCCAGAUUCCGAAGUCGAAGAGGACGAUUUAGAGCGGCGGAUUGACGCUUGCGGCAUUCGCCUUGAUUGCAUCUCUCCUCGUAGGCGAAUCCGAGCGGAAACUGAGAAGCCUCGUCCACCUGCCUUGAAGCCGAGAACACGAAAGUUUUCAAGCGGAAAAAGAGUCACCAAAGAACGGAAAAAGUCAGCUCAAAACCAGAGAAACUGCUUGAAACCAAAGCCGAAAAAACCGGUAAAGAAACGCAAAUCAGAGGAGAAAUGGCUUUCGAAACAUGGGCCAGGUCCCUUCACGACAAGCUAUCUGGUGCGGGUCACGCUUGAUCCCCGUUCAGAAGAUGCUGAGCUGAAGUUCAUUUGCGAACGAUUGGAAAACGGCAAGUGA